GAACUAUACAGGCGGUUCAUGUACAACCUACAUGAAUGUAGUGAGAUAGACGUUUUGGGGAUGGUAAGUUAAAAAAUUUCGAAGGCUACUACAUGACCAUAUAUUUCUUGCCAAUUCAUUUGUACAUAACAUGGGCGCCAAACAAAUAGAUGUGAUUAAUGGUAUUGAACAGAUGCAUGAUGUCUUGGAUUUACUGCCGGAUCCCUUCAAGCCCAAAAGAGGGCUAGUGCGACCGCGUUCAAGCAGCACGAAGGUAGAGGCAACCAGUGGUUGGAAGCUAGAUGCCCAUAAGAAUCUACCAGGAUUGAAGCUUCUGUAUGAGACAUUUCCUCUAUCUCCUUUCUAUAUGCUGGUCGAUGAUGAUACCUAUAUCUUUGGGUAUUCGACUGACUCAGUAUUUUAUUACGACAAUACAGUUGGCAAUCUCAUCGACAAGGUCACAGCAAUAGACCCAGAGAAAGCGGCCUGGUUUGGCUCGAGAUUGCACGAUUGUCCGCUAGGGGAUGUGAGAGUGUCUCGCUGCCUGCAGUUGUAUACAUCAGCAAAGUUCUAUCCCUCCCGAGAGCAUCAAUCAAGAUACGUGGAUCAAGCCGAUGAAAACAUGAAUUGGCUGAUGAAAGACGCACCGAUUACCUCCGGAAGUAACGCUUGCACGUAAGUGUAUUUUUCUGCACGUACUUAAAGAUAAGGCUCACGAGUGAAUUAGCCCAUUAAAAGUGGGCGAUAUGACUAAUUUGCGUGACCUCAUACUAAAAUCAAAGGCAACCGAUAAGCUUUCAUAAGAU